UUAAUAUGAUGAUUUCUAUAUUAAUGAAUUUAUUAAGUAUUACAACAAUUAUUUUGAGUGUCAUCAUGAAAGCACCUCAAAUUAUACAGAUAUACAAACAAAAACAAGCUGGAAGUAUAAGUAUAAGUUCUCUAUUUCUGGAUCUUAUCAACCUUAGUACAACAGCAUGUUACAACUACGUAAAUGGUUAUUCUCUUAUAUCAUACAUGGAAUAUCCAAUAAUACUUUUUCAACAGUAUAUACUCAUUGGCAUAGUGUUAUUUUACAACAAAAGCUUAAAUUACAGGAUUUUAGUGUUGAGUGUUUUGUACUUGGGACUAUACUGUGCAUUUUUAAAAGGAAUAUUGCCUUCUAUCGUCCUUACAGUAUUAGUACCUCUUGGGACACCGAUAUCGUUAUCAAGUAAAUGUUUACAAUUGAGUACCAUAAUAAAAUUUAAAAAUGCAGAUAGUAUAAGUUUGAUCACUUGGUCUAUUUCUGCAUAUACAAAUGCAGCGAGAAUAUUUACUAUAUUCAUGGAUUCUGCUGAUAAAAUGUUGCUCGUUAAUUUUUCUUUAAAUACAGCCUUAAGUACCAGUAUUUUAUUUGCUAGCUUUUACUAUAAAAAACGUUCUUACAAAUUUUUAUAAGAAUUAUUCAUCAGUUUUCUAACAGUCAUCGUUAAAUUUAGAUUAACAAAUUAUUCAUUUUUUAAUUAUUGGCCAAUUAAGAUUUAACAAAUUUAACCCCUACUUAAAAAUAAUCCAUUUCUUUCAGUCAAUUUUGUAAAAAAAGAAGGGUUUUGAAUCUUAAAAAGAAAAAACUAUAUUAAUGUAAGUACGUGCAGUGGCGUUUCUACGUAAGAGGCUAUCUGGAGCAUCUGACUCUAAAUCUUUUGAGGGUGUCUAGCCGAUAAACCCGAUAAAACUUGGGUAUAAAUGUAUUUAAUGUUAAUUACAAUUUUUUUUAUUGUUUAUGAAUGUUCUAAGUAUUUUAAGCUAGAAAUUUUCUUUCAAUGUAAACAAAAACUUUCUUUUUUUUUGUUGAACUUAAAAUUUUAGUAAAUCAAAUACAAUCUACUCCGAGGCACUUUUAACCCUUAAUACGCCACUGAGUAUAUGCGUUCUAUUCAGCUUAAUUGUAA